CUCACAUUCUGCUUGUGUACUCCCUCUAGUGGCAACAUCUUUACUCUCCCUAACUUGGAGUUUUUAAAGUAAGGUAACUGCUGCUGGGAGCUCUGAGAGGCGAAGAUGCUGUGGGGCCUGAGGCUACUGACCAUGCUGGUGUCCAUGGCAACUCUGCAAGGCAUAGAGGAGGACGACAUCAGAGCAGGCUGCAGUACAGCUGUGAACGACCUGGUGUACAUCAUCGACGGCUCAUGGAGCGUGGGCACCACAGACUUCGAGACAGCCAAGCGGUGGCUGGUCAACAUCACUAGCCGCUUUGAUGUGGGACCGCUCUACACACAGGUGGCGGUGGUGCAGUAUAGUGACACACCUCGUCUGGAGAUCCCUCUAGGACGCCACCAGACCACCGCUGAACUCGUGAAUGCCAUCCAGGAAAUCAGCUACCUGGGUGGCAACACGCAGACGGGCCGUGCCAUCAAGUUCGCCAUAGAGCACGUGUUCCCCAGCUCGCAGCGCUCGGAGGCCGUGAAGAACCGCAUCGCCGUGGUGGUGACGGACGGCAAGUCCCAGGACGACGUGGUGGACUCCAGCGUGGAGGCACGCGCCCAGAACGUCAUCCUAUUCGCCGUGGGCGUGGGAGACGAGACCACGACGUCGGAGCUGGUGGCCAUAGCUAACCAGCCGCCCAACGACUACGUGUUGUACGCGGAGGACUACACAAACAUGGGUCGCAUCCAGGACUCUAUGGAGCAGAAACUAUGUGAAGAGUCGGUGUGCCCUACGCGUAUCCCUGUGGCGUCUCGUGAUGAGAAGGGCUUUGAGCUGAUGUUGGGGAUGAACAUCCAUCGCAAGGCCAAGAAGAUCCAGGGCUCCCUGGCCUCCGAAGCAGCCUUCCACCUGACAAAUGCUCGUGACAUCACUGAGAGCAGCAAAAUCUUUCCAGAAGGGUUGCCGCCAUCAUAUGUGUUUGUGGCGACCAUUCGUCUGCGUGGGUCCAUGAAGAGAGAGAAGUUUGACCUCUGGAGGAUACUGUCCAAGGACAAGGUCACUCAGGCCGCAGUGACUGUGGAUGGCACGGAGAGAUCAAUGACCUUCACCACCACCAACCUGGCCAAUGGCGAACAGAAGAUCACUUUCAGUGCACCAGGGAUUGAGGCGCUGUUUGAUGAGGGCUGGCACCAGCUGAAGGUGCUGGUGUCACCGCGUCGCGUCACCGCUUUCCUUGACGACACGCAGAUUCAGGAUGAGGACCUGGAGGCAGUGGUGCCCAUCUACAUCAACGGCAAGACGCAGAUCGGCAAGGAGCUCAACUCAGAGACCACCGUACCUGUGGAGAUCCAGAAGCUGAGGCUGUACUGUGACCCGCAACAGAGUGAACGCGAGACAGCCUGUGAGAUCUACUCUGUGGAUGAUGAGAGGUGUCCUCUGGAUCGAGAGCCCACUAUUGAGGAGCCGGAGGAGGAGUGUGACUGCUCUAAGGGCGGCCCAGGACCCCCCGGACCUCCUGGACCCAUGGGUUUACCGGGAGAGCCAGGCAAAGAGGGCCCUCCAGGACCAGAUGGGAAGCCUGGCCGAGUGGGACCAAAAGGAGAGUCAGGAGAACCAGGAUUAGCUGGGGAGAAGGGAGAAGCAGGACCACCAGGCAUAAUGGGAGAGAUCGGAGUCAAAGGUCUCAAGGGCGACAGAGGGGAACAGGGUGUUCCGGGGAUGCCUGGCCCACCGGGACCCAAGGGUCCCAACGCUUCACGAUCCAACUUGGGGUCCAUUGGAAUGCCAGGAAAAAGGGGAUUGCCAGGCGAAAGGGGAUUUCCAGGACCGAAAGGAGAAGCCGGACAAAUCGGACAGCCUGGGGCUCCGGGCCGCGCUGGGCUUGACGGACCAGUAGGACCGAAGGGUGAUAAAGGGGAGCGUGGAUUGCCAGGUACUACAGGGACACAAGGAGUGCCGGGCAUCCGAGGACUUCCUGGAGAGGCGGGACCAAUAGGACCUCAGGGUGAGAAGGGACCUCCAGGACUGAAGGGGGCGCCAGGACCGUUUGGACCUCCGGGGAUUCAGGGCCCACUGGGACCACCUGGACCACUCGGACCCGUAGGCCCAAAGGGUGAUUCUGGUGAUCCCGGUGCUGUAGGUGUUUGCGGAGACCCUGGUACCAAGGGUAUGGCAGGAGAGCCUGGAUUUCCAGGGUUACAGGGACCCAUGGGCAUUCCAGGGUUCAAAGGUCAUAAGGGGGACCACGGGGAGGAGGGACCCAGAGGAAGUACGGGGGAGAGAGGCAGCGACGGAGCUCCCGGCAUCCCAGGAAGGCCGGGUGAACCAGGAGCCAGGGGAAGCAAAGGAGAGAAAGGAGUGACGGGCGACACGGGCCCCAAGGGCCUGGAGGGGAAGAAAGGUGACAUGGGACACAUCGGGACCGUCGGGCCACGAGGGUCGCCGGGACAAGACGGGUUGCCGGGACAACCUGGGGUUCCCGGAUACCCCGGCAAGCCUGGAAAGCCCCCAUCCGAGGAGCACUUACUGAAACUGUGUGGGGACAUGCUGAGAAACCAACUCCCCCAGCUUCUCCAGACCAUGGUCCCCAGGAGCUGUGAGUCGUGCGAGACGGUGAAAGGCCCCCCCGGACACCCAGGGGUCCCGGGCCCUAAGGGAACUAUGGGCACCCCGGGCUACCCAGGCCGGCCCGGCUCACAGGGCUACCCGGGUCCCCCAGGCAUGCAAGGCCCCCCGGGGCUCAAAGGUGACAUGGGCCUGAAGGGACAUAAAGGAAACAAAGGCGAAGGCAGACCAGGCCAGCCAGGAGAGCCGGGGCAGAUGGGUGCCCAGGGGCCUCGUGGCGGUGAUGGCGUUGGUCUGCCGGGAGCUCCGGGCAUGACGGGUAAAUCUGGCAUCCCAGGGCUGCCUGGCAAAAGGGGCCCCCCAGGGCCGUCUGGCAUGUGUGACAUGUCCCUCUGCUAUCAGGCCCUCAGCCACCGCGAGGAACGCUAUAGCAAAGGGCCCAACUUCUAGUGCCCAGCACAGACAUGACUGAAUAGACACACACACACACACACACACACACACACACACACACACACACACACACACACACACACACACACACACACACACACACACACACACACACACACACACACACACACACACACACAGUAGAUAAAAAUAACAGACACACAAUGCAGAAGCUGAAAUCAUUGUUGCCCUCAGGCGGACAGUGGAAGUCUCGUAGGAGAGACAAGUCAUCUCAAUGGACGUUUGGCUGCUCCAAGUUUCGCCUCACAGACUGACACAGUUGCCUGCUGUUUCCAUCCAUACAUCUCCAUUCAGUUCACAUUUCUCUCCAUCGUACGUCUGGGUGGGGUCUUCUCUGAGGAGCUUACGGCUGUUGCCAGACAACCGACCAAUCAGUGAACAGGGAGUUGAUGAGGGAAGGGUGCGAACUAUGUCGCAUUGCUUAUGAGCAUGUCAACAUCAACGUUAGCAACUGGGUAGAAUCAGACGCUCAUUUCAAACUUCAACAGAGAUCACCCCUCCCACCAGUAGUCAUUUGUCAACUCGGUAGGUCCUGACCGUCUGUACAGCACAAGGGUCCAUUCCCCAAAUCAUACUCGCUAACUACGUCAGCUACAUUGUUGAUUGCGAUGCAAAACGUAAUUGCCCCUUGCCAACCAACUAAGUUGCUAACUUGCUAGCAACUAGCUAUGACACUGUUGGAGGAAAACAUCCCUGAUCAUUUGUAACUGUGCAAACAAUCACAAAGUGAGCAAUGUAAAUAUGUUCUGUAUAGAACGGCUAUGGAUGGAUGUAAGAUAGCAAUAGUAGAAAAUGGGAGGUGAACACACACUUGGCAUCUACCAAUGGAGAAACAAGACUCAGGAAAUUCUCUCUCUUAUGCUGUUUCACACAUUAUUCUGACGCUACAUACACACAGAGAAAUAAAGGUUCACUUAGGGUAUGUAGAACAUUAUCUGUACAAGAAUAUCAUCGAUGCUGCUCCAUUCAGUUUUGUUGCACCUGAAAAUGUACAGGAUUGACCCUUUAUGAUGCCAUUGGCAACAACACAAACUCCUUUAGGCAAACCUCCAAUUCUCUCAGUGUAUCUGCAAUCAUUUUCGAUCAUAUCUUUAUGGUGGUUCAUCUCUAUCCUACAGAGUUUCGCCAUGUAACCAACAAUAUUAUUUUGAUUUUUCUGUUUGUCUGGUAUUAUUAUAGAUUGUAUAUAUUUGUACUGUGGGCUACCAGGUAUGUGAUAUAUUGUAUCUGGUUAGCUUAAUCUGGAAAAGUAGCCUCCCUUUCAUUAUUCAUGAACAUUCAUACAUUUCUCACAUCUUUGUUUCCGUUGCUUUUUGUUGUUUAUAUUGUGGUUAUGAGUGCAUAUGGGAUAUAGGUCAAUUCUUCAUUUGGCUUUUCGUCAAGAGUUGUUUCGUCAAUCCUGCAGUCAUUUCGUCCGCCAGGGAGAAGUUGUUUUGUUCGGAGUUGGAUGGGUGGCUUAGAAGGUGUGAAAACGUUAUUUGUAAUGCAAAUAACCUUAUUGUCACCAAAAUUGCAAUGACUAUGUCUUAAUCUGUUACUUAAGGCUCUCGGUACUGUCAUAGCAAUGUUGUUAUGAAGUAGUUGUGAAUUUUCAGCAAUAGUGAAUAGGCCCACCGGCGACCCCAUCUGCAGUAAGAGGCUACUGCAUUUCCCUCCUCACAUUCUUGCGGCAACUGUCCUUUCACUAAACGUUUUUAUUGGCCCACACACAUUUUGUUUACACAUGUAUGUGAAGAUGGCCAUUGACGCUGCUGUAGGCUACUGUUAAAAGCAUGACAAUGUUUCCCAGAUAUUGUCGAAAAUCGGCCAGACAGAACAGAUAUUGCCUUUUCUAUUUCUUAUGGCCAUGAUGUGCAAAUGUUUAUCCAAAAACCACAAAUCAAACUUGCUUUCAAAUAAUAACAAUAAUGUUGCGCAUUAUGAACAUGAUGUGCAAAGGUUUCUCCCUAAUCCAAAUAAACUUUUCUACCUAAUCUAAAGUAAUAAAAAACAAGAAUAAAGUGGUAAAAUGUGGUGUAAUGAAGAGAAACCAAAUAAACAAAUACACAGUAAAAGAGAGCUGUUGCAGUAUAUAUGUCUUGUUUUCACAAUGUGAACGAAACACCUCGCGGACGAAACAACUCAAUGACAGAGGAAACAACUGUGAUAAACUUGCAAAAGUUGAAUCGACCUGCUCCCAUGGAUAUGCAUCAUUGUUUGUAAAAACUGGGCACCAGACAGCUUCAUAUCUAGUAUUCUUGUCUUUUCUGGUGUUAGUUGUUGCUUGCAAACAAAAGAGUGGAUUUUUCAUGACCAUUCUGAAAGCACUUCCAGUGCAGAUUGAAUUAGACACACCAGCAUACGCAUAAGGUGUGUGUGUGUGUGUGUGUG